CUGGCCCUACUUAACAGCUGUUUGAAAAAGAAAAAACAAACUACAAAUAGCUUGCAGUUCCUCCUGAAUCUUCGCAGCAAUAUCUUUUACCAUUUGGGCUCGGAUUAUAAAUAAAUAUGCAGUUCUCCUGGAUGAAGGUGGCAAUUUACCUGCUUACGUUCCUCACAUACGCCUACUCUGGUUACGGAUCCAGCACAAUAGUCCAUCUAAGGGAUGCCAUUAUAGCGGCAGAAGCGAUAUUUGGUGACGUGUUCAAGAACAUGAUCACCGUGGUGCGCAAAUUUCGAACAGUGCAUGAGGUGUUCGAUGCCGCCGUGGAGGAGACUUGCGUGUACCAAUGCCCGGAGCCGGAGGGCGGUGGACCAGCCCCGCGAGCUGUACAGAACAAGUUCUACACUCCGAAAUCUGAUGGCUGCGGCUCUCUGGGACUGCGUAUAAGUACGGAGUACCUGCCGGCGAAAGAGAUGGAGACAUGCUGCAAUGAACACGACAUCUGCUACGAUACCUGCAAUAGCGAUAAGGAGCUCUGUGACCUGGACUUCAAGCGGUGUCUCUACAAGUACUGUGAUAGCUACGAGAAGUCUAUAGCCAGCGAUUUGAUGAUGAAGGGCUGCAAAGCCGCCGCCAAGAUGCUCUUCACUGGCACUCUGACUCUCGGCUGCCGAUCCUACCUGGACUCACAGCAGCGAUCCUGCUACUGUGCCCCCCGCAAGACGUCCAAUGGUAACCGCCAGUCGAACAGCCGGGAGAAGCAGCAACGACAGAAGUACGGUUGGAAGGCUCGGAAUGAGAUAUAGUAUAGAAUCUCCUUUUGCCAGGAAACAAAGUCCAAGGGUUGUGGGAACAAGGAUGCGUUAAAUGUUGCCGUUGAAGGCAUGUUCAAUGUUAGUUUUUAGUUUUUGCCUGUGAAACGAAUUUCAAACCUUAUUAAAUA